AUGUUCAUAAUUGUUUUUCACAGGCUAGUAAAGGAAAAACAUAUGUACGAAAAAGAGGCAAUACAGCAGGAAGAAAAAGUUGCGAAAAUGAAAGCUGAGGGGGCUGAUCACUAUGUGGUUAAAAAGCAGAUGGAGGUUUUACAAGAAUCACGGAUGAUGAUUCCAGAUUGUCAACGCCGAUUGGCAACUGCCCACAGUGACCUCUUACAGCUAUUGGAAUGCGAGAAAGAAAUGGAAGAAACUGAGGAAUACAAAGAAGCCCAGUCCACAAUAGCAUCAAUUAAAUUAGUAGCAUAGAACCCAUUAUCAAUGACGAGCUCUUUUGUUAUAAGUAUUAAGUAUCAUUCCAUUUCCCCAUUUAUUUCUGUUUUAGGCAUUAUGAUCCUGCUAUUAUCAAGCUUGGGCUGUAUGUACAAAUCCUAUGAUCCAAGUCCUCUUACAUUGACUAAUUUUGUGCCACAUCAUGGUGAACUAAUGAAACAUUAAAUAAAUGUACUUGAUGACAA